UGGGGCGGGAAGGGGCGGGGCUCGGUGCGCUGCGCCCGCCCCGGAAGCAGAGGUGGAAGCCCACGGAGCCCUCCCUCUGCCGAGUGGCUGCUUUGCGAUGCCUGGUCCCCUUGAGCGACUUUCACGCACCGAAGAUGCCUUCCGUGAGGGACGCGAAAGAGGAGGUCCUUCUAGCGACGCAGGAGGCCAGCCUCUGAGGAUUGCAGGUUCGAGGCCAGCUGGGGUAGACAAGCCAGUUAACCAGCAAAAUGCCAGACUGGAGGUAGAGCGCAAGUGGAAAUAGCCGAGCGCGAGCGUUGGGACCCGAGGUUGAAAGCCCCAGUCUCACCUCCUGCUCCCCCUUGGCGGGCUUCUCUGCAGACCAUGAAGUAGGAAGUGAGCCCUGGUCCCACUGCACCGCCGGCCGGCCGAGCCCACCUGGUCCUCAGGGCUCAUCCGGGAGCAUGUGACCACCUCUUCGCGGUCUCUCCAAACCCGCAGAGUCCUUGAUGGCCCCGCCCAAAGCCCCAAAGCAGGCACCACAGUCUGCCAAACCAGGUAAAGGGAAGAAAGGAGGAGGCAAGUCUCGCGGGAAGAAGCAGAAGAAGCCUGAGGUGGACAUCCUCAGCCCGGCAGCCAUGCUGAACCUCCACUACAUUGCCCACAAUGUGGCUGACUGCCUUUACCUGCGGGGCUUCUCCUGGCCAGGCGCACCCAAAGGGAAAAAAGGCAAAAACAAGACUUAAGCGAUGGAAUUUGAGAGUAUCUUAUUACAGAACAUCAGUGAGAGAAAUCAGGAGAACACAGUGACUGCAGACAAAAUAGACUUUACCAGAGACACCAAAAAAUGCGUGAUCUGUGUACUCUGUGGUAAAUGAUGGUAAAUGUGUUUCACUUCCUUGGCUAAACUGGCUGUGGUUAGCCACUUUGGUUUUUCAGAACACUUAAGGGAGGGAAAAACCUGAGUGAUUCUUACAACAGUGUGGUAGAAUUGAUAGAGCUUUAAAACAUAAUUCUGGACCAGAAUUAAACCUUGCUCUCAAAAGGAAA